AUGUCGAAUUUGAUGCACAAGGUCAAGGAUGCACUCACUGGCCAUAAUGAGCACAAGGGGUCCUCCCAUGACUCGUCAGACCAGAAUAUUGAACAGAACCGGGGCCAGUACAACUCGUCUGCCAUGGGCUCCGAGGCUCGUGAUGCAUAUGGUACCAAUCCCCAAGAUAACAGUAUUCACAAUCCCAGAAUGAGUACGGACAACAACAAGAAUGCUGGUAGAAGUGCCACUAAAAAUACCGAUGACUACGGCUCUGGUGGAUACAGUGCUGGUGGCUUCCCCGACUCUAAGAAGAGUGAUUUGAAAGACCCCUUGGGCUCGAACACGAUGGGCACCACAGAAAACCAAGGAUCUGACACUGCUAAUACGUACGGUUCGAGCACCACGGGCACUACUGGUGCUAUGGGUAGCCACGAUGCCGGUGGCGGCCCUAAUACCGGAGCCUAUCAUGAUUACACGAGAGACUCGAGCGGUUUUUCCUCAUCUGAUAGACCUUCCAGGGGCUACGAUUCGGGCAUGGGUACUGGAAACUCCAAACCCGAUGCCUCAACCUAUAACUCUAGCUACGCCGGAGGGUAUGGCUCUAGCGAACUGAAUACCGGUCAAAUGCCAGUGGGUGCCUCCACCUCGGAGUAUGGAGCUUCCGGUAUGGGUGAUAGGACCAAUGACACCAACCUUGGCGGUAGCCACGGCUACAACACUCGCAGCAAUGCCGGAUCCAAUAUGGCUAACCAGAUGGAGUCUCGCGGCGAAUCUGAGCUCAACAACCGUACCGACCAGCAGGGAUUCGGUGGCACUGCCGCCGCCGGGGGUAGCAGCUCUAACACACAGAGAAGAUCUUCCGGACCACACAGCUCUAAUCUUUUGAACAAGUUGGAUCCCCGUGUGAGGAGCUCUGAUUAUGAGAAUCAAACUGCUGGUGGUCAGCAGCGCGGAUGGUAA